AUGGCCGCGGAGGGAGCUGCACGCUCCCUUUGACGGCUGGCUGGAGGCGCUAGUUGAGCGGCGAGGAGCGGGGUGUGAUGCGGCACUGCGGUUCUGAGGCCGUUACUCCGGCUCCUCUAGAGAGGGCGGAGGAAGAGGCUGGAGCGCGGCGGUGAUUUUGUGCCAGGGCUUCCCAGAGGCGCACUGAAAAGGCUGGCGGGGCUAGGGAAGCUGGGGGGUUAGAGACACUCAUUCAAGCCCCCACACCCCGGGAGGGGAAGGGGGCAGGCGGCGAGGCUCGAAGGCGGCUGAGAGAUGGUGUGUGCUCGGGGGGAAGGAGCGAGCGCUGCCUGUCGUUCGUGAGGGGCUGCAGGCAGGGAAAGCUCCGCGGGUCAAAGCUGCUCCAUGCCCACUGGUGGGUGGAACGUGUUGAGCGGAACACUGAGGUCUAGCCUGGUGGCCGCUCGGAGCCCUUAACGUUGUUUCUAACGUGGGAUUUCAUUUAGCCCACGGUGGGAUUAAUUCGUUGGGGGCAGCCUCGCUGGUCUGGCUCCUCCAGGAGCUGGGCAACCUUGACGGGCUUUUUGUCUUGCUGCUCCAGCCCCUUCUCCCUUCCUCCUCCUCCAGAUGCCUUUUCUCUGCCCCUCCUCGCCCGGUACAGACAUUUCCAGCUCAGGCUGCCGCUCGUGGCUGCUGUCGAAGCCACUUUUCGGGAUUUCGAUUCGUUUCCCUCUAGGGUGUUUUUUGAGGAGGGAGAGUUUUUCUCCCCUCCACGAUGGGAUUUUCUUCCCGUGCCAAAAUGGACUUUCAUUGAUUUCUACUUACUUCUUCAACGUUUAGUGACCAAUUCUAAAGGAUAUCUUUUUUUUUUUUUUUUUUUUUUUUUGUGGUAGUUCCUUUUUUUUUUUUUUCAAGUACAUUCUCUGUAAAAUGGAGAACGAGGUUUUUACUCCCCUUCUGGAGCAGUUCAUGACCAGCCCCUUGGUCACUUGGGUUAAAACGUUUGGACCUCUGGCUGCAGGAAAUGGGACCAACCUGGAUGAAUAUGUGGCUUUGGUGGAUGGGGUAUUCUUGAACCAAGUCAUGCUUCAAAUUAAUCCUAAAUCAGAGAGUCAGAGAGUAAAUAAAAAAGUCAACAAUGAUGCUUCACUUAGAAUUCAUAAUCUGUCCAUUUUGGUGAGACAGAUAAAAUUUUAUUACCAGGAGACUUUGCAGCAGUUGGUCAUGAUGUCAUUGCCAAAUGUCUUAAUCAUUGGCAAAAAUCCCUUUUCUGAACAAGGCACAGAAGAAGUUAAAAAGUUGCUUUUGCUUUUACUGGGUUGUGCAGUUCAGUGCCAGAAAAAAGAAGAAUUUAUUGAAAGAAUUCAAGGUUUAGAUUUUGAUACGAAAGCAGCAGUUGCCGCACAUAUUCAAGAGGUAACCCAUAAUCAGGAAAAUGUGUUUGAUCUACAAUGGAUGGAAGUGACUGAUAUGUCUCAGGAGGAAAUAGAACCACUCUUGAAAAAUAUGGUAUUGCAUCUAAAAAGGCUUAUAGAUGAGAGAGAUGAACAUUCAGAGACUAUUGUAGAACUCUCCGAAGAGCGGGAUGGUCUUCAUUUUCUACCCCAUGCCUCUUCAUCUGCACAGUCACCUUGUGGUUCUCCAGGCAUGAAGCGAACAGAAAGUCGACAACAUCUGUCAGUGGAGCUGGCAGAUGCUAAGGCCAAGAUAAGAAGGCUUAGGCAGGAAUUGUAAGUUGCUGCUUUUCAA